AUGGGGUUCUGCUUCGCAGUUUUCCUUGCUUUAUGGGGCGCCGCACUGUCCAAAUCUGAUAAAGGAUUUAAUAUAACAGUGCUGCACACCAAUGAUAUUCAUUCUCAUUUUCUUCAAAGCAACAAGAGAGGUGGGAGUUGCACAGAGAAAGACCUAAACAAGAGUGCGUGCUACGGUGGAGUGGCCAGAAUUAUAACAAAGGUGAAGGAGUUGAAAGGUAAGGUACCAAACCCGCUAUUUUUCAAUGGUGGAGACUUCUUUCAAGGCACCAUCUGGUACACCGUUCUCAAAUACAACAUUGUUGCUCUUGCAAUGGAGAACAUGAUGUAUGACGCUGUGUGUCUGGGUAACCACGAGUUUGACGACGGUCCUGAAGGCCUCGCUCCUUUCCUGUUAAGAAUGAUGGCAGCUAAUGUGACCGUUUUGGGCACCAACUUGGACACGACAAAGGAAGAUAUAUUCAUACAGAAAAACAUCACUGUAUUGAAGCACAAAAUAUAUGAAUUCAAUGGCGUGAAGAUGGCCGUCAUGGGAGUUGUUACUAAGGAAACACUAACGAUUGCUAGACCAGGAAAAAUAAACAUCUUCGAUGAAAUUGAGAGUAUAAAAAAUGAAAUUGAGAGUAUAAAAAAAGAAACAAAGAAAUUAAAGACUGACGUAAAAAUAUUCGCUCUCAUCAGUCAUGUCGGCUAUGAGAAGGACAUGGAAAUCGCAAAAGAAGUGAAGGAUCUUCAUUUUAUUGUAGGGGGUCAUACCAACACUUUUCUCUACAGUGGUCAAAGUCCUGGGGAUGACACACCAGCUGGGCCAUAUCCAACAGUUGUGAAAAGAGACGAUGGUUCAAUAGCCCUAGUAACGCAAGACUAUUGCUUUGGAAAAUACUUGGGUUUUCUGGAGCUCCAAUUUGAUGCCACCGGAAAGCUGAAGAACUGGUCAGGAAAUCCUAUUCUCAUGGAUUAUACGAUUGAAGAAGAUAAAGCCAUGCUUACAAAGUUGAAACCUUAUGAAGAAAUAGUUCGUAAGGCCGGGGAUGAGCCCAUUGGAACCUCCAAAGUCCUACUUGAAGCCAGCCACAAGAUCUGCCGCCUGAAAGAAUGUAACAUGGUGAAUCUCAUAGCCGACUCUUUUUUGGCCUACUACGCCGACAGGAACAGCACCAUUCCUGGUGCCUGGUCGGACGUGAAUGCCGCUGUUGUGAACGCCGGAAUCACAAGGACAUCCAUUCAACAAGGUACUGUACUGCGAAAACACGUCAUGGAGGCAAUGCCCUUCGAAAGCUCGCUUGUAGUGCUGACAAUGAAUGGAAAUCAAUUACAGAAAAUGUUCGAUGAUGGUAUUUCGAAGUUCACUUGGUACGGAGAUCCUGAAGGAUCGUUUCUUCAAGUGUCAGGAAUGAGGGUGGUUUAUAACUUCUUACGUCAUCAGCACAACAGGACUGAGAAACUCAAGAUAUUGUGCGCUAAUUGCAGCGUACCUAAGUAUGAAUUAGUAGAACCGACGGUUACCUAUAAGAUAGUAACUACGAGCUUCAUGGCAAGAGGAGGAGAUGGAUUCAUAUUUGAAAAAGAGGUGCUAGACUCCAUGAAAACUGAAGGGCUAAUGGACGUGGAAGUUUUUACCGACUACUUACGGAAGUUAUCGCCAAUAAAAACACCGGAGGAAGGACGCAUAAAAAUGCACAACAACAGAAGGCCCUCUAACGCAACAUCAGGCGGCCUGUAUCCAGGCACCUUGAAGAUCUAG